GAAAUUUUUUUUCAAAUAGCUUCUUUUAAAUUUUCGUCACGAAAUAGACCUCAAAAAAGAAAAUGACUAAAUAACAUUUUUUUAUUUUGAAAAUUUUCAUAUUUAUUUUUUAUUUUUAUAAAUUUGAAACUCUAUCCCCAAAACUCCACCCUUUAACUUUAAACUCUAAGUAUAAAUUAGUUAACAUCUUAUAUUUUUACCCUUUAAUAAAACUUAUUUUGGUCAUUUUCUUCAUUGAUGUCUAUUUUUGUGAUAAAAAUUUAAAAAGAACUAUCUUAGAGAAUUUCUCUAUAAAUUAAGAACAUGUCAUUUUAUUUACGUUUGGAAAAUUUCAAUUAUGUUUAAAUAAUAAGUAUGCAUUUACAUUUUUAAUUAUAAUUUUUUAUGAUAAGUAGUGUUAACAAUCGUUUUAAGCUUCUUAAAAUGAAAGUACCAACAUUUAAGCUUUUCGCACAAUCAAAAAGAGAAAUCAGACAAUCGUGUAGCUCACAUGAGCCAUCUUGCACAAACAAGUAAGAACGACAAAAGAGAAUUAUUUGGAUGUCAGCUAGGUUUGCGAUGGUAUUUAUCAAUGUCACGUAUACCUUUUGUAUUUGUUAGGUCUGCACUAUCAAUACAGGGACCCUGGCACCAACUGCCCACAAUUAGGCCUACCCAUAAUUUCUGUCAUCCAAAUUCUUAUGCAAUGAAUGGAUUUAACGAGUUGCACGUCGCCACUUACAAAAUUCAUGGAUCUGAACAAUUUAUUAAAAAAACAAAUCUAGUUUUAGCUUUUAAGGGCUUCCAAAAUACCAAAAAGAAGAUGAAGAAUAAUAAUAAUAAAAGAGCACACGAUUAUCGUUUACGAACUUCAUUAUGGAUUUGAAACUAAUGUUGAUGUAUGUAUGAAACUUUAUCCAAAAAGAAGAAUACUGAUAGAACAUGCAUUCUUUCGAAAUGAAUAACUCUAGUUGCCCUUUGGCCCUGUUUGUUUGUAUUGAGAGACGAGGUCACAUGACAUACCAGUUUAUAUUGUUCUCAUCUUCCCCGCAGACGCAAGUAGUUGCUUACUUGCUUAUGUAAGCAAGUGAACUGAAAAUGACUCAAGCUCCGUUUAAACCUUCCAAAACUACGGGGCCGAUUGAAAGCCUAGCAUACGUACUUGAUCUCUCUCCUCAGCCAUAGAGCCGAACAGCCUCCCACUGGCCCAUCUCUUCGACCAUAAAGCCGAGCUAGUCUCAAGAAUCUUCUCCUCGGCCAUAGGGCUGAGCUGCCUCUCAACUGCCCAUUCUCUUUUUGGCGAUAAAUGCAAGCAUUCCUCAACAAUCUCUUUGGCCAUAAGGCCGAGCAGGCCUCUUCGACAAUCCUGCUCGGUCAUAAGGCCAAAAAAGUAUUUCUGGUCACUCUUUUCUACUAUAAUGCCGGCAAGCUUUGGUCGUUAGGAUGAAAAAUGAUACGUUCUAAAUUAGAGGAUCACUUUAUCUGGGUGUUGGAUAUGAUCUGAGAAGGCAAAUAACUCUUCUGGAACUGAGAUGGAUUGAAAGGAUCGUCAAGAGAUGCGGAAUGGCUCUUGAUAUACCAACGAUCUAAGGCUAACCACCUAAGAAAGAAUGUAGUGUGUUGGCUAACCACCAAACAACACACAAAGAUGAAAUGGCUGACCACCAAAUCAACAAGCUGGUUCGCACCAAUGAACUAGCUAAAGAACACUCUCUCACUCAAAGAAGAAACGAAAAUAAACUCAAAAACAUAGACUGGUUUUAUCCAUAGAUGUGGUCAAAGAAAGACAUAAUUAUUUGUGGGAAUCACACAUCUAAGAAAUGAGAAAAUUGACUAGAAAAUAAUAAAUGAGUUAAAGUUGCUGAGUUUGAGGUGGACUGGUCUGGUCAAGGAGACCUUUCGACUACUGUCCAGGUUCAUUCUGGUCGUUCUGGUCCAUGGUGGUAAAAAUCAAGACGUGGACUGGAUAAUCCGUACGGCCCAAAUUCGCGAGAACUGAAGAUCACUUGAUUUGCAAAGUGCAUAACUCCCACAUCUGAACUCCGUUUGAUCUGAUUCUUUUUCGAGGAGCUCCGUAAUUGAGUUGAGAACAUUUUUCAAGUGAUUUCAUACGUAAAAGCCUCGUGGUUUGGAAUAUAUGAGUCAAACAAUGAACAUAUAUCAUUAGUGCUUUCCAUGAUCAACACAUGCAUGUCUGUUUUGCCCGGUGUGCUACUCAAAAGCGCAUCAAAAAACCUCAUCAAACUACUUUUCUCGGCAGAGCCAUGUUCACCUUAUCAUUUUUGAGGCAUUGGCCUCAGGGGCCCAUCUGCCCUCUCACAUCAGUAUAUUCUGGAGGUCCAAUAUUCAUAAAUAAUCAUAUAAUCAAAAUGACAAUAUGAUAAUUGAAAAACCAUACUAUCUUCUAAUACUUUUUAAUAAUACAAUUAUUUAUGUUUAGUUCUUGUGGAGAUUAAUUUAUUUUUCUUUUAUUUUAAAUGUCAAAAACAAUUUUCUGUAUAGAAUUUAAGUUUAUAUAUAAAAUUUUCAUAACCAAAAUAUAAUGUUUGCCAUUAACUUUUUCUUAAAAAUAAUGUCAAAAAUUUAGGAUAGGAAAACAAUUUAUUUUCUGGUUCAUGUUAAAAAUAGUAAUACUGUUGAUACAAAAUAAAUUAUUUGUAUGCCGACCAGACUUGGAUAUAAGGCCGAGGAACCCAUCUCCUUCGAAGAUAAAUAUGGAUUUAAAAAGAAAAAGGAAAUAGAGACAGCUUCUAACAUAUUUCAGAUUGUCUUCACUAAUCAAAAAAAAUUAAAGAAAACGAAAUUAUAUUUUCUUUUUGUUAGCGAUAAAUAAAACUAACCAAAAGUACGAAGAUAAAUACAGAUCUAAGAAGAAAAAGGAAAGAGAGAGAACUUUUAACAUAUAUCCGAUUGUCUUCACUAAUAAAAAAAUAUAAAGACAAUUGGAAAAUUUCCUUUUUAGGUGUCCGUGUGAGAAAAGGUGAAAUGAAACGCUAUAUAAAUUGUCCCUACUACUAAACCCUUUCAAAGCCUCGCUCUCCUCAUUACUAUCUUCUUAUUGCUGUUUAUAUAUCUCUCCAGCGAGAUUUUGAUUCAUCGCCAAGAAAAAGAAAAGAAAACAGAACUCUAUUUUCGAGGAAGAUGGCGACCAAUGAUGGUGAUCAUAACAAACGCAGCGAGGGAGAGAGGAGAUGCUUAGAUCUUUUUGCGACGCUGCUUCACGCUUUUGGUGACGAUGAAACAAGAGCGAAACGUGGAAAAGACGUGCAAGCGAGAAACAUGCUCAUGAUCGAGACUAUCAUUAGUGCAGCCACCAACACUUUCUUGCUAAGCAAGCGAAAGAUUGAUGAUGAGUCCAAGAAUCAAGAAAACACUGCUUCUUCGUCUUCUUCUUCUUCUUCUUCGAGGAGUUUGUUAACCGUCGUUGAGUCCAAGAGGCGUCGUGUGGUGGAGUCCAAUGACGAACCCAUCAGAGCAAAACCUAUAAGAGAAAUCAAACCUCCGGUUAAGGAAAGAAAGCAACCGGUUAAGCAAAAGGAACCGGUCAGAAGAGAGCCAGGGGUGACGCCUGGAUGGUUGGUUGAACUGAUGAGGAGAAAGAACGGCGUGGAUGCGAAGCUGGUGAUAGAGAAGGUGAUUACAAAGACCGAUCUCAAGCCAGACCAAGGACGUCUCUUGAUUCCCUUUAAGCAGAUAAUAGAAGACUUCUUGAACGAGAGAGAGUUGAGCAUCGUGGAGGAGCAUCACAGAGCAGAUCGUGAUGAAGGACUGAAAGGAGUUGAUGUGAUCUUGUUGAACCUGAGGAUAUGGGAGAUGAGGAGCAGUUUCAACUACGCCUUGUGUUCUGGUUGGAACCAGUUCGUCCGCGACAACGACCUAGAGGUUAACCAGACUCGUCGCCUCUGGUCCUUCCACUCUCGAGAUGGGAAGCUCUUUCUUGCUUUCGAUCCUCUCACUCCAGCUCAGCCUCAAGAUCAAGAUGACGGUAUGGCUCUAGCUCUGGUUCCAUUUAACCCUGAAGCUUCAUCUUCAUCCAUGGCUUUGGUUGUAACUUCUGAGGAGGAUCCGUUUGUGUGUGAAGAGGCAAGCAGGAGACUUUUACCUAAAAUUCCAAGGAGUAGCAGAACUACUCGUGUUUGUGUUUCGCCUCCAACAAGUAACUCCAGUGAUCUCUACCUCGACGAGGGUUUGGAUUUAAACAGAACACCACCUGAAGAGUGCACUGAGAUGGAUCCUCUCGAGGCUGUAGAAGAGACGCAUAUUAGGUGGACAUCACAGGAAGCCAUCACAGAAACCUCAGUAGUAUCCUUCACAGAGACUACCACGGUGGACCUCGAGCUCCGGUUGUGAUUAGAGAUUCAGGGGGAAACAGCUCUGCUCUCUGUGACUUGGUCUUUGUUUAUUCUGAACCCUAGCUCUCUCUAUUGCCGUGUCAUGCAAGUAUAUUCUUUUAGGCAUUCAAAUGAUUUUUUUUUGUUUUUCUUUUUUUCCUUAUUGUUGAGUGUUGUAGCUACCUUGAUCGUAUGAAUGGAUGAUAACAAUGUUUA